CUGGUGUGUAGUCUUCAUUCUGUUACGUCACAGUGGUUUCAGGUCAGAAGUGGGCGGAGCUUAUACUGUCUAUAUACAGUAGCAUUCAGCACAAAAUCUUGCAUUUCUUGCUGAAAAACCAAGAGAUAGUCUGAGAUAGUCUGAUAGUCUGACAAGAAGUCUGAUAUUCAUAUUUUCCCCAUUCUAACGUCAUAUUAAGGGCCAUAACAGGGAAAAGCAGAAGCCGAGUCAGGAUCUGAGAGAAUCAUUGAGACAUCUGAGAGACAGGGUAACAGCAUGGACACUGCCUCUGGGGAAUUGACUCGGUCCAUGGCCACUAGGCUCAAUGGCACUAGUCCUGGAGUGAAUACUGUGUGGUUCAGAUUCAUUGAUAAUAUUCCAGUCAUCGGGAUGGUAAAGGAAGCAGUGGAGUUGGUGUUCACUCUGUACGAAGGGAAUGAAGCCGUAGUGAAGGAGAAAAAGGAAGUGAUCAAAAACAGUGUGGGAAUUCAGUCGACUGAAGGAGCAGCAGGUGCAGCAGCAACACCUGAGGUUUCUGGCCUUAAAAAUGUGACAGAUGUCACAAAGCAGCACAUUAAGGAAUGUGUCUUGAAAGAGUCUGAAGGAGAAUUAAAAUUAACUCCAGAAGAACAGAAAGAAAGUGAAAAAAAAUUAUUGGACAUGUGUGAAAAAAUACGGCUCAUCGAUACAGAUUAUCAAAUGGACAAGAAAGUGGACAAGGAACUGUACAAGGACGUGCGAAAGACUAAGAGAGGAGCGCAUGUCUUUAAUAAUGACUUACUGAAAUUUCAUCACAAAGUUCUGCAAAAGUUUAUAAAAAAAUAUCAAAUUUUUAAUCUUCAAGGAUACAAUAAAGAGGAAAUAGAAGAAUUCAGCAGCCACACACUUUCCCAGGAAACAACAAUGGAGAUACAGAGAAACAUGGUAGUGCACUUUGACCAUGAGGAUCUGUACAUAAACACUAAUGGAGUAUUGUAUGGCACAUUUCAGGAAGAGCUAUGUGACGCAUUAUUGAAUGUGCUGGGACACAUAAACCCUGAGGACGUGACAGAAGCAGAUAAAGAACGGCUAAAUGAUGUGAUAAAUUACAUGAACAGAUUAGAAAUUUAUGUUGACCAAAUUGCAAAAGAAAAGUGGAUUGGGACUCAAAUGAAUCACAGGUAAAGAGCAAAAAAGACUCGGUUUGAUGUGGUAAAACACCAGGUAGCAACAAUGUACGAGACUGAUCGUGGUUUGGAUUGGAGCCUGGAGAUUUUGGGUAGGGUUGCACCUUUGUUUGGACAAAGACAGUAAUUUUAGUUCCUGUUUAUAGUGUUGUUGUAAGUGUUCGAGUUUUUAUAAUUAAUUUCCUGCUUCAGUCACUGUAUUUUUCUAAAUUAAAUUUCUCUCUCUGAAA